UAUAUUAUAAAUAAAAUUAUAACAUAAAAUAUAAUGCGUUAAUCGUUACGCCUCCGAUCGACAGAGUUCUAAAUCGAUGUCGAAUCAAUCUAUUGGUAUUCUAUGUAAUCGGAAUAUUUAACGUAAAUUAUUACAUAUUUUAUAUUUAUAAUAUAAUAUGCUCUCUACAGGUCGGAGGAAGACAUAUUUUUUAAAAAACAUUAUUUUCUCUCAUAUAUAGUACGAUGAUUAUAAUAUAGUAUAUACAUUAUUAAUAUUAUGAUGCACGCACAGCGGACACGUGUUAUUACACUUGUACUUAGGGAUCAUUAUAGAUCAUAAUAGUCUUCUGGCCAUUCAUUAUUGUUUAAUCUCGACAACCAAGACUGUUCGCCUGUAUAACAUGGGCCGGGGGUCACGUCUAUUUAAGUGCGUUUUCACAGCAUCGUUUGGACCACACCUAAUGCACAUAAUAUGUCUCGAUUACACACAAUAUAGAGUAGUAGAGUACCAUAUCGUAUUAUUAUUAAUAUUUAUUUAUAUGACCGCCACAAAUCGGUUUUGUUCAUCAUUUGAGUACAAACUGUGUGAGCAUAACAUAUUAUAUACAAAUAGAGAUAAUAUAUUUUAAUUGAUUUUCUCCUAAUAACAGUAUGGAAUUCGAUAACGGUUCAAAUGACUUUCAGAUACAAUCGAAUCAAUUAAACGACGCGCCUUUAAAGAAAAGAAUCAGAUCGGGUGCUAAUGCCAGAGAACGAGACAGAACUCAAAGUGUAAACUCGGCUUUUGAUGUUCUACGGGCCAUGAUACCCAUUGAUCCUCCCGACCGCAAACUAUCUAAAAUAGAAACAUUACAGUUAGCCACGAAAUACAUAAGUCAUCUGUCCCAGAUCCUGAAUUCUGGAGAAGAUAGUGAACAAGCACACAGUUUCUACGAUGUAUGUAUAUUUUGUUUAACAAAUAAAAUGAAUUCUUGAAUAGUAUACAAAAAACAAAUACUCUUUACAAAUUU